UUUUGAAAAUUUUAAAUUCUUCAAUUUCAGUGAAUACCAAUUUCGUUUUUUCGUAACGCAGAAAAUAACACUCACCCUAUCGAUUGGUCCAGUUACCGAGUCGGCUGACGGGCAGACACCCCCAUUGCGUGUGGCGCCCUCCCUCUCUUGGGAUAGAGUACUAUAAUGUCGCUGGGGUCACUCAAACCCCCAGGACUGAGUCUCUACUUUAGUCAAUCCUCUUUGGGAAACAGUUUGGAGUGUGACAGGUCAAUAUUUAAUAGUGGUCUAGAAGUGUGUGUGCCACGACAGCGCGUUCAACAAAAUAUCCCCUCUCCGCAAUGGUUCAUCAUUACCCAGUGAAAAGGAGUACGUAAUCCUAUUUAACAGCCAAACGCUCCUCAUAACGCCCCCAAGUGCUCAAAACCAACAAUUAUUGUUCAGUGACUUAAUCAGCUGCUUAAUCAUCGAUAAACGUGUGAGACUGCUACUUCACUUCGAACAAAGAAGUUGGUGUGGAAAUGCUGUAAAUUCGACAACUACGGGAUUUUAUUGUUUCCUUGUUCGUGGCCUGUUCUUGGCUGUUUUCUUCUCUUCUGUGGUGCGAGGUACUCCUGGCAGACCAAAAACAGAGUAUGAGAUAAAAUGGAUUUUAAGAGUGCGGUGUACAUCGCUGCCAGGGACGGAAAACUCAAGCGUCUCAAGGUGUUUCUGGAGCAUCGAGAUAAGCAUGAGGUAGGACAGCUGGUGAGUGCCAAGACCCAUGGGGCUACACCGUUGGUCAUGGCAUGCAGAAAUGGACAUUAUGAUGUGGCAGAGUAUCUGAUUGAAAAAUGCGGAGCUGAUAUCGAACAGCCGGGAUCAGUCGUGUUCGAUGGUGAGACGAUCGAAGGGGCACCACCACUCUGGUGUGCAGCGGCUGCUGGUCAUCUUGCUCUUGUCAAACUACUUGUCAAACGUGGAGCUAGAUUAAAUUCAACGACAACCACCAAUUCUACACCCCUCAGAGCUGCCUGCUUCGAUGGACAUUUCGAAAUCGUCAAGUUUCUCGUUCAACAUGGAGCUGACAUCGAAGCAGCGAAUCGCCACGGCCACACAUGCCUGAUGAUAGCUUGUUAUCGUGGCCACAUUCGAAUAGCCAAGUACCUCCUCGCCCUGAAAGCCGACACAAAUCGUAAAUCAGUGAAGGGCAACACAGCCCUUCACGAUUGUGCGGAGGCUGGUUCCCUGGAGAUCCUGAAGAUUCUUCUGGAACACGGUGCACGUAUGGAAGUGGAUUCCUACGGGAUGACACCUCUCUUGGCAGCAGCUGUGGCAGGACGAACUCACAUCGUCGAGCAUCUCAUCGGUAUUCCCCACUUGGUCAAUAGAAAAGAGAGAAUUGAUGCCCUGGAACUCCUGGGGGCGACUUACGUCGAUAAAAAGAGAGAUAUGAUCUUGGCGUUGGAGUAUUGGAAGAGAGCGAUGGAGGAGAGGUACAGGGGCGAUGGUCCUGUCAUCGAAAAACCACCGAGACCACCAGUCGUUGCUGCCUAUGAUUACGCACAAGAGGUCUCAGAACCUGAACGGCUGGACGAAUUACUGGCGGAUCCCGAUGAGAUGAGAAUGCAGGCAUUGGUCAUCAGGGAGAGAAUUCUCGGUCCUGCACAUCCAGACACUAGUUACUACAUCAGAUAUCGCGGUGCUAUUUACGCUGAUGCUGGUAAAUUUGAGAGGUGCAUUGAACUGUGGAAUUAUGCGCUGGAUAUGCAGCAGAGCAUGCUGGAGCCAUUGAAUCCCAUGACGCAGAGUUCGUUGUUCAGUUUUAUUGAGUUAUUCAGUUUUAUGGUUGGGGAGGAAGGAAGACAAACUGGCAGAGGGAGGAGAAUACCCCCGGUCCAGAGGGCCGAUCUCAUGAGGGUAUUCACAAAAGCUGUUAUGGAGGUUAGAUUAGGAAAACAAAUGCUGGACAAGGUGCCGAAGUGUGAUCGGGACCUUACGAAUUUAAACAGGAUACUUAUUAUUACUCUCCAUCUUGCCUGUCUUUUGACAAGGGAAAUGCCACAGGUUGGGUCCGAGGAGUACGUUAAGCUUCAUCGAGCUAUUCACGAGUUGGUUCGAAUUAAGGCCAAAGAUAAAGGAGGUCGAGACGUUCUCCAGAUGACCCACAACGCAGACGCCUCGAUAACCGGUAGUUAUCCAGGAUGCAAAUUGACAUCCACCCAGCUGACGACAGCCCUUUUGCGCGCAGGCUCCGAUCCAACUGCCACCGACGACGAGGGCAACACGGCUCUCCACCUGACUGCAAUGUCCCAUCCCUGGAGAACAGACCUAGCAACAGUCCUCUUGAAAGCUGGUGCCCACAUCGACGCUGUCAAUAGCGAGGGACAAACCUAUCAGACUCUUCUGGAUGACAAAGAGAGAUACGACUCCCUCAAUCCCCUUAAAUACACGAGCUUAAUGUGUCUAGCUGCCAGAGUUAUCAGGAGAACUGCCAACAUUCUCAUCAACAGGGUACCCUGGCAUCUCCAUCAAUUCGUCAUCCAACACUAGUUUAUUUAUCUCCACGUUCAUCCGGAUUCACUCUAGUCCGACUGCUCUAACUAUUAGGUGUAUAAAUUAACUAAUCUCUCCGUGUUCUCUUUUUCAUUGAGUUGUUUUAUUUGAAAUCCAACUUUUCACGCGUUCCUUUGAGAUUUUGGAGAGAAGACUUUAGUCUUUAAUUCGCUGGAUAUAAUACCUGGAAAAGCAACUUCACGAAGCAGUAGAGGGGGUGGGGUAUUACGGAUAAUUUUUUUUAUAAUUGCAGGAAAUAAAAAUUGUUGUUGCCACAAUUUAGGUUCAGAGAUUGUCAAUGCAUGAUGUGUCAACCGCUGACGUGAGACAAAAUUGACAAUUGACAAAAAAAAACAGAUAUUCAUUUACUCUCAUGUAUUUUCAAUUUUGAGGAGGAAAAAAUUGAGAAAGAGUUUAUUUUACCCCACGUGUCCGUAUUACCCGAUCCUCCUCUACAUACAGUGGGAUUCUAUCAAGAAAAAAAAACCAAUUAAGUCCAGUCGAUUAGCUCUACUCUUGGAAGUAAUGUUGUGUCUUAUGGUACGUGUAGAUGCUGGUGUAAACGCUUUGAAGAUAAAAAUUUCAAUAGUAAAUUUUCAAUAGGCUGUGGAAAUUGCUGAAUAGCAAGAAUUCAGUGGUGAAGUGGUAAAAGGAAAAAUUUGGCUUAUCUCUCAGUCGAGUUUUUGAGCAAUAUUUGUAAAUCCAAAGGACGUCGCGAAAUUUUUGUAAUAAUAAUUGUUGUAGCACUCAAUUGGUUCCACAAAGAAAGUUAUAAUACAAAUAUUAAUAUCUUCUUUAUAUUCUGAGAUAUCCAUUGAAAUUUCAAUAGACAGAAUUGAUUCAUCACCGUUUAUCGUUUCGCUACUCAAUUCCUCGACAAAGACUCGAGAAAAACCCAAAGAAAACUUGCAACUCGCGAAGGAGUUACGGAAACCAGUUUCUAAACGAACCCAUGCGAUGGAAAAUAUGGAAGAAGUAGAAAAAUUUGUUCCACACGAACUGACUGAAUACAAAUGCAUGCAACCAGCUUCAUUGCCUCGGAGCUUUCAAUUUUCAUGUUAAAUAUUGUUUAGUUUAAAAAAGCGGAAAGAUUAAGUUAUACACCUAACAAAUCGUCGUCUCUUAUUUUUUACACUUGUCUGUUUAUUUUUUGGCAGCCUAUUUUAUUUGUGUAAUAAAGCAAUCAUGGUAAUAAUUAUAAUUUUUUUUGUCCAUUUCUUUUCGGGAGUGGAGGUGAGAACCUUAUAUUAAUGUCAGUAGAAAAUUAAUAAAAUAAAACCUCGUCUUUUAUUCCACAAUGUCAAAGUUGUCCCUCGAUAUUCAAUAUGAAGUCUAUUAAGGAUGUUUACCAGGAAUUGCAGAAGUUCGCGAAAAAAAAUCCUUUUUUAUACUGAAAAACUCGAUAAGUAUAUGCUAAUAAUAUUAUGUAGGGUAGACGCGGGCAAAAUGGGAUGAAUCCGGAGGUUUAAUAGGAGAUGAGGGAAAGAAAUCGAAUCACUUAAAAAUACCUUUCGCAAGUGUCCCAUUUCGCUGGGGUCUACUCUAUGCAGUAUAUAAAACUGCUACUCGUCCUAUCUCCAGAACGCAAACAGCUGUUAGACAUCGCGAUUACCGGGUUUAUUUAUAUCGUUUAUCGAUCGACGGCUAAAUUUCAUGGUCAUUUUAUCGAAAGUCAGAGGAGAUUUCUUGUGAAUCCUGAAUGCACUAUACACUGACCCACUAAUUCAUGUUUAGUAUUUAGUAGACAAAUGGAAUAGAAUACUUGAAAUAUUUUAUCUAUUGGGACUGAUAUUCAAAAAUAUUCACGUUAUCUUCUAUUUUGAUUUAUUUUUAAAUUUUUUCAAGAGGUCAAUCAUUCAUUUGAACUUAAAUUCUAUGAAAACUCGUGAAUAAAAAAAAAGUGCCAUAUGUUUUAUUAGCUGAAAAAAUCCUGGAAUUAUUUCUGAAUAUGAAAGACAUCCACUGACAAAUGUUAAAUAUCCUGAAUUCGAAUUGAAGUGUUUUAUUGAUAUCUUCUUGGAAUCGGAGCUGAAUAAUUCGAUUUAACUUGAAAUUACUUGAGGUGGAUGGGGUGAAAUUAUUUUUUUUUCGUUUCCGAAGCUUCUCCACUAUUGAGAUAAUUGUAUUGGGACUAUCUUGAAAAUUGAAAAAUUCAGAAAAAAAGAGUUUAAUGUUGAAAUAAUUGGUAAAAUACUGUUUAAAUUAUUUUUUUAAAUUGGAGCUGAAUGCUUCGAUUGUGGAGUAAAAUCUUUUUUUUUUUACUUCAAGAUCUUUUAUCAAGAAAAACAUAAUAUUAUUUUAAUUAGACGAUUUUUAUAAAAAUGUGGGGAAUUGGAUUAAUGCGCAAAGUACGAUUUCAAAGUUGCUCCUCAAAGUUUAGAGUAAGAAUUCAUUAAUUCUAAAUAAAGUCUUGCCGAGACGUAGAACAACUCAUUAUCGUUGAGCUUCAUCCUAUUUCCAGAUUAUUUUCUUAUCGUAUUUUGUAUUCACCGCAGUCGUCAAUUAAAUAAAUGAAUGUGAUUAGAUCGAA